GUAUAUCAAAUUGUGUCCUUGAGGGCAAACAUCGGAUUGUCUGUCUCACAUCUGUGUUACUUGUAGAUUUCUUCGUUUACUUCCGUUGAUAAAUAUUAUUUAAUAGUGUCUUCGCAAAUAUAUUUAUUUGUUUAUUACUCAGCCUUUGGGAAGAUUUGUCAUUCCACCCAUCUCAAAGUAUCGAAUAAUGUUCGAAGUAUUUGGUGGAGCAUUCAUCAGAAUGACUGUUAAGCUCACUUAUAGAGAGCCUGUAAGAUUUAUGGGAAGCCUAAACAAAGUUCUUUAUCCAUGGAUGAAUCGAAAAAAGCCAUUUUGGGUUACUCAAGAGGCUAGUCCUUAUGUAGAUGAAGAUAUUACAUCAGAAAACAAAACAUUUUUAGAACAACAGCGUAUAGAUUCAUUAACCAGUUCUACAAGCCCCGUCAUUACUGAACAACCGGCACAGGUACCAUGGAAACCAUAUGUUACACAAAGAUGCGGUCUUAUUGCAAUCAAGCUAGGAUUAUACCCACUGUGGACUAAAACUGGAAAGAAAAUCGACUGUACUAUUUUCCAGAUCCCUGACAAUCAUGCUAUUCGUUAUACACCUCCUUCAGAGAUCGACAAAUACAUCAGCCUACUACAUCCACGUCACUAUUGGCUAAAUAAUAAACGGCCUCCUUCCUGGAUAACUCAAAAACGUUGGGGUAUACAAUUGGUUGGAGCAGUUUCUGCUGACCCUAUCGAGUUCACUUCUGAGUGGUGUGAUUUAUUUAAAAAAGCUGGUAUACCACCAAAGCGUAAAAUAUCUCGUUUUUUGGUCAGCCCUGAUGCUGCUUUAAAACCUGGAACGCCUUUGAGUGUGCAUCAUUUUCGUGUAGGUGACCGUUUGGAUAUAACUGCAAGAACCACUAAUCGUGGCUUUGAAGGUGUUAUUGAACGUUGGGGAAUGAAAGGCGGACCUGCUGCUCAUGGUUCUACUAAAUUUCAUCGUAGAAUGGGAAGUAAUGCAGGAAUUGAAGGAGUAAUCCCUCGAGGCAAACGUAUGGCAGGUGUUAUGGGUAAUCGAUUCAGAAGCUUACGUGGUGUAAUGAGAGCGCCAAUAUAUAUGCGCCACACAAAACAAUGGGAAUUCGAAGAGAAGUAGAAAGGAAAAAAAACUAAGGAACGCAAAAGAAAAAGAGAACAAUGACGAAGAGAUUGGAGUAAGGUAGUGUGGUAGUAACGACGGAACGAAAAGGUACAAUCAGAAGAAAUCUUUCAGAUUGUGAGGAUUAAUCCAAAACUUGGACUUAUAUAUGUAACAGGUACAACACCAGGGCCUGUACAUGCCUACUGCCAUUUGAACGACUCUUGGUUAAGAAAUCGUCGACGUGAAUUAAAUGCUAAUCCACCACCAGUUCCAACUUAUUUUCCUCCCUCUAUAGUAGAUGAAACUAAUUCAAAUCAACUCGAUCCAAGCUUGUGCCUUGAUGUUGAUGAUGAUUUUGAACAAGAUAUUUACCAUGAAUCAAUACAUCCAAGUUAUAGUCCUUCCAUUUCCUAUUCAGAAGACUCUAUGUGAAACGUGAUUUCUCUGUUAUAAGAAUGUACAUACAAUAUACCUUCAUAGUUUCCUUUUAAGUUUUUUGUUUACUCAAACUUCACUGGGUGGUUAAAGUAUUGUAUGGGAACGAAAUUAAAACAAUCGCGAUGAAUUUUCAUCUACUUCUCUAGCCAAUCAGAAAGCAGCUUUUAUAAAUGGAUAGUUUAUAGAAAAGAAAACAAUAAUAUUGCAAAGCGUGGAGAGAUUUU